CUGCAUGUUACAACAUUGAGUCGGAUGAUAGCCAACCACCAUCAUCUGUCAAACAGCAGCAACAUGCGCGCAGUCACAUGACCGUUCGCCUCCUGUCCUGUCCUGUCCUGACAGCCUCGGGUGGCGUGCGCAUCCUCCAUCAAGACCUCCGGAGUGUGUGGACUCCCUUUAAUGGCGCAGGUUGGCGUGCGUGCCACAGCGGAAAGGUGACCAAUGCUCAACCACCACCUUGAAGGAAUUUAUCAGCUCAACUUCACCUUGGAGGAACAGCACGUAUGAAAGGCUGAUGGAUCACAUACAGCAGAAACAAACCGCCGCCAAUUCAUGUGGUCCCAAAGUGCAAUCUAGACCCUGUCCAGUUUUACCUCGAGGGCCACCUCUGAUUAGCCAAUCAGGGACUCCGCGGGACAAGCAGUCUGGACUUAACCCUCCCACAGCGAGAGACCACAUCAAGUCCGGGUCUGAUAUAAGUCGACCGAGACCCACCUCCCUCGGAACUAAACCAGCACCCAGACCUGUUAGAGUCCCAGUAUGUCCUACCAAGGACAUAGAUUUGAUCCCAGUUUGCAUCUCAGGACCUCAGAAUUUCAAUUCUCAUUCCCCAUCUGAGUUUCCAGUCCCUCUUCAGAUUCCUCAGUCCUCAUCCUUGGGACUAAAUUGCAGCCUCAGUCCUCAAGCACCCGCCUUUACAACACAAGUGCAGUCUGAAAAGACAAGCGGAGAUAACAAUGACUUCAGGGUCCACAUCGCCACAUGGAACGUGGGUUCGGCAGUGCCACCAGAUGACAUCAGUGCUCUAUUCGGUGAAAACUUGUCAGAUGGUAGUGUUGACAUGUUUGUCAUUGGACUACAGGAGGUCAACUCCAUGAUCAACAAACGCUUGAAGGAUGCUCUUUUCUCAGACCAGUGGAGCGAGCUCUGCAUGGACACACUCAGCCCCUUUGGAUAUGUCUUGGUGGCAUCCCAGCGAAUGCAAGGAGUCCUGCUGCUGGUCUUCUCAAAAUUCUGCCAUCUUCCAUUCCUCCGGGGCAUGCAGACACAGAGCACACGUACAGGACUUGGGGGAUGUUGGGGUAAUAAAGGCGGUGUGAGUGCCAGGAUGGCCGUGUUUGGCCACCCGGUGUGCUUCCUCAACUGUCACCUCCCCGCUCACAUGAGGAACCUGGAGCAGAGGAUGGAGGACUUUGAGAGCAUUCUGCAACAGCAGCAGUUUGAAGGAGGAGCUGCCACCGGGGUGCUGGAUCAUGAUGUUGUCUUUUGGUUUGGGGACUUGAAUUUCCGAAUCGAAGACUAUGACAUCCAUGUGGUGAAAUGUGCAAUAGACAGCAAUAAGUUUCCUUUGCUGUGGGAAAGAGAUCAGCUUAACAUGGCUAAAAACACAGAAUCCAUUCUGGAAGGCUUCCUGGAGGGUCCGCUUCAAUUCCCGCCCACGUAUAAGUUUGACGUGGGCACACACACCUAUGAUACAAGUGCAAAAAAGAGGAAGCCCGCAUGGACCGACCGUAUCCUUUGGCGCCUCCGCCACAAGGGCUCCCCGGUUCCGACUCACAAUGCAGCCCUGCAGAGGGGUCUGACCUCGUGGCUGGGUGGUGCCACCAAAGUUACACAGCACGCUUACAGGAGCCACAAGGCCUUCACCAUCAGUGAUCACAAGCCUGUGUCUGCUCUAUUCUCUUUGCAUUUCCCCUUUAUGGUGGACAUGGCCCUGGUGGAGAUGCAGGUAAACAAGGAAUGGUGUAAAGUCUCCGACGCCACAGUAAGAUUGACGUUUGCAUCCAAUUAUCAUCGCAGCUCAUGGGACUGGGUCGCAAUAUACAAGGCUGGAUUCCGUCACCACAAAGACUACCAAGCUUACGUGUGGACCAAGGGAGAGCAUGCAGGGCAGGUGUGUUUUCCAGAAGAGGACCUGCCUAGAGAUGAUGGUGAAUACAUCCUCGGCUACUACAGCAACAACAUGAACAGCAUUGUUGGUUUGUCAUCGCACAUCCAGAUCAAGAUGCCCAUCCACAGCCCAUCCAUCCUCCGUUCAGACAGCACUGAGGUCAGCUCAGAAGAUGACAGCACCUUGGUCCUCCUGGCUCCCAACUCCCGCAGCCCGAGCCCCAAAACCAACAAGCAUCACUGCCGCCACCGCCGCAGCCGGAGCCCAGCCGUCUCCGCUCUCUCGUCCAACCCCCUCCCUUCCCUGCAGGGCCUCAGCCUAUGUCCCCGCUCCAAAGAGACAUGCAGCCUGUCACCUGGCUCCGCCUCUAAAAAGGAACACCUGGUUUCUACGGGUUCUGUCUCGUCUCCGGCCAUCAGCCCGCUCAGUCCAUGUAGCCCCGUGUCUCCGGGUAGCGGGGUUUCGGCACCGGAGGCCCUGAUUGCUGCUAUGUUGGGGGAGCAUAGGCCUUCUCAGGUUAGCCCUACAGGGGUCAAACACAUUGGACAUGGGGGGCAAAGGAACACUACAUAAAACCUAGAAGAGAAGGUAAGAAUAGUACUGUGCAAACAUUCCGCAUUGCAUCUUACACUGUGUUUAGGUGGGAGUCACAUCUCAAUUACAAGUGCUUUUAUUGGCUCCCGUGCUACAUGCAACAUGUAGAAACAUGUAGAGAUGGGUUGAAAACAUGCAGACACUCCAAAUAUGGACUGGCUGCAAAACACUACAUAUGAGAUCAGGUGAUUCAUCAGUAGUUAUUAGUCAUGCAUAGAGUAAAUCAAUUUAACAUUGUAAAGUACACCAUUGCAGCUUUGUGAGUAGACUCCCCAUGAAUGGCUAAUGUCCAGGCUAAUGUGUUUGUUUCCUUGUUUGCUUUAAAGGUCCCAUAUGAUAGUAUGAAAGGUGCCGCAAUAGCACAGUGGAAGUUGUCCAAAAUCUACUCUUGAUGUUUAGACGGUUUAAAAGUGCUUUUAGUCAGCCCAACCGGGAGCACGUUUUGAGUGUCUGUAGCUUUAAUGCUAAUGAGCUGUGUUUGUCCAUGAGUAUGUGGGCGCCCAGAAGCGCUAUUGUGUACUUCAUUCACUUUUUACAUAUGCUCUCCACACUCGUCCCGACGUAAUAGAUGACAUAUUGUAUAUAACAUACAAUAACAUAACAUCAAUGCGUGGGCUAGGAGGACACAAACAUUAGCAACGCUAUCAUAGCUAUGUGAGUUACCGUGCUAAAAUUACACUCACAUGUCAACAGCAACAUCAUGCUAGAUUAGCCUCGUAGGUGAAGAAAAACUAAAUCUAUAGUUGGCAUAGCUCCAGGCUUUAUUUUUAGAUAAAGCUAAUACAGAAAGAAUCAUAUGGAAGGUUGUUUUUCCACAUUUGCCACUCAUAAACAGGCUCUGAAGACCCAUAUUACUGUAUCAUGUCAUUAUUAAAAAUUGUUAUUCAUAAUAAGGGACCUUUUGAAUUAAAAAAAAAUAUAUAUUCCAGAUGUGACUGUGCUAAUAAAGGCUAACACGAUUACUUUAAAAACGCAUUACCGUGUCCGCAAUGCAGCUUUCCAUAAUUUGACAAGCAUAGCAAAUUUAGUACAUACGUGUUGGGAAAACACAAGUCUAUAAGUUGAACCUUUGCUACGGUCACCAGAUGCUAUCACAUCAAUAAACACGACGGAGAUGUACUCAAGAGCCUGUGAGGCUUAUCUGGAAGUUUAAAGUUCCAUAAGCCUUAGAGAGGCUUUCGAUUUCAGUAUGAUGCGGUAGAAAAAAAAAAGCAUAAUAAA